UUUCCUGGACACUCCCGGUAACCGCCUCAGGAAAGCCAUGGCCGAGCAGGCCUCCGGACCCCCCGCGGCGCCCCGCCAUGACGGGGUGCUGCAGCAGCGGGCGGCGGCUCUGGAGACGGAGCGGGCCGACUUCAUCAAACUGAAGCAGCAGCUGGAGGCCGAGUUCAACCAGAAGAGAGCCAAGUUCAAAGAGCUGUACGUGGCCAAGGAAGAGGAGCUCCAGAGGCAGACCGUGGUGCUGGAGGGAGCCCAGCUGGAGAUGAGCUCCGUCCUGGAGCAGCUGUCUCAGGCCCGCGGCGAGGUGGAGACGCUCCGCACCGUGGCCACGCUGUCGGAGAGCAGCCGGCAGGAGGCCGUGGACCAGGUGCGCAGCCAGUGGCAGGAGGAGGUGGCCUCGCUGCAGGCCAUCAUGAAGGAAACCGUGUGCGAGUACGAGGUCCAGUUCCACCAGCGCCUGGAGCAGGAGCGGGCCCAGUGGAACCAGUACCGGGAGGCCGUGGAGCGGGAGCUGGGCGAGCUGCGGCGCCGCCUCGCCGCGGGCCGGGAGGAGGAGAACCUGGAGGACGACAUGAAGAAAGCGCAGGAGGACGCGGAGAAGCUGCGCUCCGUGGUGAUGCCCCUGGAGCAGGAGGUCAACGCCCUGAAGGCCCGGCUGGGCCGAGCGGAGGACCGGGCCCGGGAGCUGGAGGCCUCCAAGGUGAAGGAGCUCAGUCACGUCCUGGAGGCCGAGAAGUCGUGUCGCACCGACCUGGAGAUGUACGUCGCCGUGCUCAACACGCAGAAGUCCGUCCUGCAGGAGGACGCCGAGAAGCUCCGGAAGGAGCUCCACGAAGUCUGCCAUAAGCUGGAGUUGGAGCGCCAGCAGCACAACCAGCUGAAGCACACAUGGCAGCGCGCCAACGACCAGUUCCUGGAGUCCCAGCGUCUCCUCAUGAGGGACAUGCAGCGCAUCGAGAGCGUGCUGUCCUCGGAGCAGCUGCGCCAGGUGGAGGAGAUGAAGAGGAGAGACCAGCUCUUCCCUGUUCUCAGUGAUGAAGCGUCUCCAUGUGGUGGAGCAGCAGCACGGAGCCGUGCUCCAGUAAAACCUUGUUUUUGUGAACACUGUCCCGAGGAGGAGGAGGAGGAGGAGGAGGAGGAGGAGAGGCUGAGCCGGGUGAAGCAGCUGCAGGAGGAGGAUGAGGGAGACCUCACGGAGCCGCUGGAGGGUUCUCUCCUCGGCCUGAGCAUCGAGGAGGUAGGAGCCGAGAGAGGGAGGCAUGACCUCACCUCCUAGUCCUCCUUCUCCUCCUCUAGUCCUCCUCCACCUCCUCUAGUCCUCCUUCUCCUCCUCUAGUCCUCCUCCACCUCCUUUAGUCCUCCUUCUCCUCCUCUAGUCCUCCUCCACCUCCUCUAGUCCUCCUUCUCCUCCUCUAGUCCUCCUUCUCCUCCUCCACCUCCUCUAGUCCUCCUUCUCCUCCUC